UGAGGGAGCCCCGCCCCGCGUCCGUCCUCCGUGCCCGCCGGACUGGCAGUGAUCCUGCUGCUCGGUACCUGAGGCCGUUCAGCUGUUUGCCGUCCGAGCUGAGGCGAAAGUCCAGUCCCUGGAGAGCGGCGGUGCCAGGAGGCUCGGUGGGCUCCCCUUCAAGCGUACGUCUGCGAGCGGCCUAUGCUGUUUGGCACUCAUGGGUGUAAGCAAGUUAGAUAUUCUAUACCGGAGACUUCUCCUCACAAAACUUUUCAUCAGAGGAUGGGGAAGACCAGAAGAUCUCAAGAGACUCUUUGAAUUCAGAAAGAUGAUUGGAAAUCGAGAAAAGUGCCAGAAUCUGGUUUCGAGCGACUAUCCAGUACACAUUGAUAAGGUUGAAGAACAGUCAGAUUGUAAAAUCCUAGAUGGACACUUUGUUUCUCCCAUGGCCCACUAUGUGCCUGGUAUCAUGCCAAAUGAAUCUGUUAUUGCAAGGUUCCAAUUUAUUGUGCCUAAGGAAUGGAACAGCAGAUACAGACCUGUGUGCAUUCAUCUGGCUGGGACAGGAGACCAUCAUUACUGGAGGCGCAGAACUCUCAUGGCUCGUCCUAUGAUUAAGGAGGCCCGAAUGGCUUCAUUGUUGCUAGAAAAUCCUUAUUAUGGCUGCAGGAAGCCCAAGGACCAAGUAAGAUCCAGCUUGAAAAAUGUGUCUGACCUGUUUGUGAUGGGGGGUGCUCUUAUUCUGGAGUCUGCAGCUCUCUUGCACUGGCUGGAGAGGGAAGGAUAUGGACCUCUCGGGAUGACUGGAAUAUCCAUGGGAGGACAUAUGGCCUCCUUAGCAGUAUCCAACUGGCCCAAGCCCAUGCCAUUGAUUCCAUGCCUGUCUUGGUCCACAGCAUCUGGGGUCUUCACUACGGGUGUCUUGAGUAAAUCAAUUAAUUGGCGGGAACUGGAAAAGCAGUAUUAUACACAGACAGUUUAUGAAGAAGAAAUUAUUCAUAUGCUUGAAUACUGUGGGACAGAUUCUUUCAAAAUGGGACAUGAGUUCAUGAAACACUUCCCUAGCAGUGCAGACAAGCUGACUAACCUGAAUCUGGUUUCCAGAACGUUAAAUUUAGAUAUGACAGACCAAGUUGUGUCACCAAAUGCUAAGUGUCCUAAUUCUGGUAAAACAUCUAUCAGUGGUACUUCAAAAGGAAACUUGUUGCAAGAUCCUGCUAAAAUGGAAUGCCUAAAUCAAACACUCUCAACUAACAAAAGUCAUUAUGCAAGUUACAAUCCUCAGUCAUUUCACCUGCUCAGCAGAGAACAAAAAAGAAGCAAUCUUCAAAAAGAAUCUCUAAUAUUCAUGAAAGGAGUCAUGGAUGAAUGCACUCAUGUAGCAAACUUCUCAGUUCCAGUUGACCCAAGCCUUAUUAUUGUGGUACAAGCCAAAGAGGAUGCCUAUAUUCCACGAACAGGAGUUCGAAGCCUGCAAGAAAUCUGGCCUGGUUGUGAAAUCCGCUACCUAGAAGGGGGUCAUAUCAGUGCUUAUCUCUUUAAACAAGGACUCUUCAGACAAGCCAUCUAUGAUGCCUUUGAACGUUUCCUUCAUAAGUAUGCUAACUAAUUGGAUCGAUGUAUAACAUCCUGUUUCCUACUAAAAGAAUUCUCCCUAUGAUGAUGUGAAAAACAAGCAGACCGCACUGCUUACCUGAUUGCUGCCAUAUAGUCUGUAUGCCAGUGUUGUGGGUCAGUUAUCAACUGUAGAUACAUUUCAGUAAUAUAAAGCAGUCCUGAAGUAUUUGUUACCCUUUUGAAAACCUCGUAUACCCAAUAAGACAUCUAUUGUUCCUAUUUAUAAAAAACGUUUUAAUUUUGAAUAAUUUAUUGAUUCAGACUUGAUAGAAAGCCUAUUGGUUUUUAAUAGAAUUGUUGAAACUGAGAUUAUAACAUCAUAAGUACUGUAUACUGUUAUAUUUUUUCUGUUAACUUGAUUUUAAAAACCUGUGUUCCUCUUUUUUGUCUAUGUAGUGGUUUUAUGAUAUAGUUUUCAACUUCAGUUAAUUUACUGCCAUAGAAAUACCUAAGAUUUGUAAAUCAGUGUUAGCUUUGAAUUAUGAAAUUAUCCUGACUACUGAGCUGUGCCAAUAUGGUGGUACAAAUUUGUAAUCCCAGUACUUGAGAAGUGAAGGCAAGAAGAGGGUCAAGAGUCCUGACAUUGUCCUUUACAUAAGAAAGUUGAGGCCAGCCGGGCGUUGGUGGCGCACGCCUUUAAUCCCAGCACUUGGGAGGCAGAGGCAGGUGGAUCUCUGUGAGUUCGAGGCCAGCCUGGUCUACAAGA